UCCUAUCCUAUUGCCUCUGUUCCCUCUCUCUCCCUGUCCUCUUCUACUACAUACGCUUCACUCAUCCAAUCUGUCUCUACUUCCUCCACUGUUGCCAGUGUCUCCACAGCUCCUCAUCCUGUCUCCUCCAGUCCUGCAACCGAGUGUUCCUCUACCUCCUCCACUACUGCCACAGCUGCUAUUCCUCUCUCCUCCACUGCUAGCACCACUCCUGGUGAUGGUGUCUGUCGACCCACUCUGCCAGAGCUACUUCGUCUGGAAAUCCCCGAGGGAAUUGCCACAAGCCACACCACAUUCGGAAUCUUCCUCCUCAACGACGAGACGGGGGAUAAAGUGGACUUCUUCAGGGACAAACACCGCGGGAAUCCAAAGAGGAUUUCUCGCAGCAUUCUGCAGGAGUGGCUCAGAGGAAAGGGACUUCCCGUGACGUGGGAGACUCUGGUCAAGGCUCUCAGUGAAACCAAACUUUUUGCUCUCGCUGACAAAGUCCAGGCCGCCAACAUUCCUCGGAAGUCCCCUGAUAUCAGAGGUGUAGACAUAAUUGAGCAGACGAAGAUAGAGAUCUCUCCAGACCAGCCACUGGACUAUCACUGGGAGGGUCAUGGGUUCAAGGUUCAAAUCCCAGCUGGUGCCAUUGGGCUAGUGACUAAGGUGACAACACAUAUCCGGGCUAGUCUGAGUGGGGAGUACAAGCUACCGGACGACAAAGUCCUUGUCAGUGAAGUCUUCUGGCUCUCGCUCGAUCCUCCCGUGGAGACAUUUGACAAGAAAGUCACCCUCGCUCUCCAGCACUGUGCCUCGGAUGACGACUCCACACUCACCUUCAUUACAUCCACACAAGACAAGCCACCUUACACCUUCCUCCCACUACCAGGAGGCUCCUUCUCAGAAUCAGGGCAUGGAACCAUUGAUGUUGACCAUUUCUUACCGUUUGGGCUGAUUGCGAGAAGAAAGUCGUAUGCUUUCUGCACAUUUUACCUACCCAUUGAAAAGCCAAAAACACAUGAAGUCCACAUCACUGUUACUCCAAAUCUGAAAAUUCAUCUUAAGGAAGUGAACAAGGUGUAUAGAGAAAGACGGGGUGAAAAGGGUCUUGAAAUACAAGCCUGCCUUAAAGAAAGGACAGUUUCACUCCACAUCCCCGAUAUUGGCAUCCCUGAGAGAACUUGGGAGAAAGAUGGUUGGAAUCUCACUCCCUUAACAUCUCCAUCGCUUGAAAAGAGAUAUUUAGAGGGAUACAAGCCAGGAAGAUCAAUUCCCUUCUUUGCAAUCAAAUUAGAAGAGAUUUCACCCCGCCAACGUUUAGUACAGAAAGUCUUGUUCACAGGAGUUGAAGAAACGAAAAAAUUCUUGUCCAUAGGUAUGGAUAUGUGUAGCUAUUUCACCAUGCAAUGCUAGUGAUCACAAUUUAGCUUCUGACAGUCAGACAGUGUAAGUAAUAAUAUGUGCAUAGUGAUCAUUUUUCAUUGUAUAUACAUAGGUAUAUUUUGCGAAAGUG